AUGAUUAGAAACAAGAAGUAUGUUCGAAAAAGUUCCUCACAAAAUCAUAAAACUUCAACUCAUUUACCAACUCAAGGAUGUUUUGGUUUAAAAUGUAAAGCUAUUACAGUUAAAGACGCCUAUGUCCAAUCUCGUAAUUCUGGGAGGUGGCGUCUGUUACUUUUGGGUGGUAUUUUGUUUUGUACGGUCGCUGUUUGUGUAAAUGCAGUAAAUGAUUUAUUGGGUGCUAGGUGCCUCCUACCAAGUAAUUAUUUAGUGUGGGAAGCUACACGUCCGAUAGCUGACUGUAGCUACUGUGCUCAUGUUACAGAACCCCUUAUAUUACAUAAUGUUACCAGAGAAAUAUUUAAAAAAUACGCCUAUUCUUCUAAACCUAUAAUUGUUAAGAAUUCAAUUGGACACUGGAGAGCUGUAAAGGAGUUUAAUUAUAAUUUGUUUAAAAAGUUAUAUGAUGAAACAGCUGGUAGUUAUGAAAGUUUGGAAGAGGGGUGCCAAUUUUUGAACUUUAAAAGUGACCUCUUUUCUUUGAAGGACGUUUUUUCUAUGACUACAGAAAGAGUGAAAGGUGGCCCAGGGCAAAAGCCCUGGUAUGUGGGAUGGGGAAACUGUCAUCAGGACAUUCUAAAAGAAUUAAGACAAUUUUAUGAAAUUCCUGAAUUUCUACCUGAAGAUGCAGAAUUUCCAGCCACAGAGAACAUAUUUAUGGGUUAUGAAAUUGGGGCUGUUAUGCAUUUAGACUACAUUGAAAGAUUAAUGUGGCAAGGUCAGUUACAAGGGACAAAGAUGUGGUCAAUAGCACCAGUACCAGAGUGUGAUCAUAAAUGCAACAAGUUCAGUUUCUAUGUUCAGCCUAAGGAUAUAGUUUUAUUAGACACAAGGAUAUGGUAUCAUGAAACUAGGAUUCUUAAAGGAGAAUUUUCUAUAACAGUGCAAUCGGAAUAUGGUUAA